AUUUCCACCAAUAGCAAUGAAGUCGGUUUUCAGUGUUUCAGUAUUUGUCGUACUGUUUAUUGGUAACCUCGCGGCUGAGUGGUCUUAUUUUGAGUUAGACAAAUGGCCAGAUAUUUGCAAAACUGGCCAGAGACAGUCACCCAUCAAACUGAGGAGGCUACUCUCCAGGAAGACUCCAAUACCAGCGUUAGAGUUCAAUGAUUAUAAAAUUGCCUACAGGGCGUCCUUAGAAAAUAACGGACAAACAGUGGAGGCGCGCAUCAUGGACAACGAUGCCAUACCGACGCUGUCAGGUGGAAAUUUAGGAGGAGAAUAUACACUGGACAAUGUACAUUUUCAUUGGGAUUCGGAGCACACAAUCAACGACAAAAGAUUUGCAGUGGAAGCUCAUCUCGUGCAUUACAAAACAGAAUAUGGAAAUGUAACAAUCGCCAGUAACUAUACCGACGGAAUCGUCGUAUUAGGAGUUAUGUUUGAGGAAGUCCUUUUUAACAACAAAAAACUGGAUAAAAUAAUUGAUGCCACGAAAAUUGUAGCUCCUCAAGUCGACUUAGUUACUCAAAUAAAAAGUUUGGUAAUCGAGGAUUUCUUACCGAAGGACAGGAUGAGUUUUUACAAGUACGAGGGAUCGUUAACCACUCCCGGAUGUAACGAAGUGGUGACGUGGAUUGUUUUUGACAAACAGCUCAGUAUAGGACGAACUCAGUUAAAGGAAUUCCCUAAGGUGGUGACAAGUACCGGAGAAAAGUUAACGAAAAACUACAGGCCGCUGCAAAACCUCAAUGGUAGAGUAGUUUUGCACACGUAGUAGC